UUGUGAUUUCGCUUAGCCUGUGUCGGGAUCGAGGUUACCGGCGCCUGCGGGAGGAGGGGCCUCCAGGCCCGCAGUGGGAUACGGGGGUCCAGCAUGGCUCUUGCUAAGGUGUGUGCGUGGCCCGCGGAGCUUUCCAUCUAUUCUGUGCCGGGCACCUGGGUACAGCGACAUGCGUGUGCCGGAGGUCCGUCCGGGUGUGAAGCUGAGCUGCAGAGCUUGCAGUCUCCCCUCCGGGGGAUCAGCGCGGGGUUAUAUAGAGCCGGGGCCGAUGAAGUUUAAUGAUGUCGCUGUGCUGUUCACGGAGGAGGAGUGGAGUAUACUAAGUGACCAACAGAGGGCGCUCUACAUGGAAGUGAUGAAGGAGAACUACGAGCACUUCAUCUUCCUGGGUUACGAGGUGCCCGUCAUCUUGUCGUUGCUGCAGGACUCCAGCAGGCAGUUGAUUGGAUCCGGUUCCCGCUCCUCUGCUCUCAUUCCUUUAGCUGGCCGAGUCUCUGCUGCCAGCCUGCAGUCUAAUGGGAAGAGUCACUCGGAAAGCAUCGCUGCCGGACCCCAGGAAACCGCCGCCGACAGCCUGCAGAACGGGGGGGACAGCAGCCACGACGAGAACCACGGCGACCUCUCCCCUCCGCCGCAUAACCGCAACCUCCGGAAGCGCCGGCAGUACUUCUGCUCGGAGUGUGAGAGCUGCUUCAAACACAGCUCUGCGCUGGAAGCCCACCGCCGCAUCCACAACGGGGACAAACCCCACCAGUGUGACGUCUGCAAAGAAACCUUCUCGUACCGGUCCGCCCUCAUCGUGCACCGCAGGCAGCACCCGGUACCGGAACCGCCGCACAACGCGCAGAUUGUGACUCCGGCUAUGACUGCGCUCGUCGCCAAACCUUUACUGGCGGUCGGCGGCGCUCCAGCCAUCACCUUAACCGUUCGGGACGUGCCCACCAUAACGCCGAGCGAAACCACGAACUCUCACGGCAUCCCAUCGGUAGGGGAGAAGCCUCUGAAAUGCCUGUACUGCGACAAGCGCUUCAACGACCCGGCGAUCCUGGAAGCCCACCACCGCAUACACACCGGCAAGCUGGCGUACCCCUGCACCAUGUGCGAGGCCAGCUUCUCCAAGCCCUCGCUGCUUGCGGCUCACAACAACACGCACAAGGAAGGCAAGCCGUUCCAGUGCGACCAGUGCGACAAAAACUUCAAUGACCAGACGCUGCUCGUCGCCCACAAACGGACGCACACGGGCGACAAGCCGCACCGCUGCAGCCACUGCAAGAAGUGGUUCCUCAACCGCGCCGCCCUGGUGUCCCACGAGGAAUGUCACGUGAAGGUCAAACCGUACAAGUGCAGGCACUGCGACAAAAGCUUCAACGACAAGUCCCUGCUCGUCACCCACGAAGGCGUGCACACGGACACCAAACCCCUGAAGUGCACGCAGUGCAGCGAGAGCUUCUUCCUGCGGACGCAGCUCAUCGCUCACCAGCUCAUCCACGAGAGCGAGAAGCCCUUCCCCUGCAGCCAGUGCGACCGGCGCUUCAACAAGAAGGAGACGCUGCUGGCCCACAUCCGCGUCCACAACCUGCAGACCACACAACAGACGGCGAAGCCGCGGCGGCAGUGACACCGCGUCCGUGCGAACAGUGCCUUCACGGGGUUAAAUAUCACAGGGCCCCGGGGCUGCGCUUUCCAGCUCCACCUCAGCAUGCAUUUUUUUUUACAUUUUUUUUGCCCCCUGUCCGUGUUCCGUUACCCCCGUGUCUGAGUUAAUAAAACGCCC